CCCUUCAGCACUUGGCGGGUCAGUGCGAUCACGUCCCCGCUACAGGAGCCCACUUUAUCGGAUAAUAAACCUUUGACAGACUGGCCGAAUCGCGGCUGGGACUCUGCUGAAGCCAUUUUCUGUUUUGGCUAACGACGGACCUUCCUCUGCUAUACGGAUAUGGCUUGGUUUCUGUGCGUGUGUGUGUUUUUGUUCGUGGGCCUUGCUUUGUUGGUGCUACAGUGGAAGCUCAAGAGGUCUGGUCCCCAGGAGCCCCCCCGCCUCCCAGCGCUACCUCUGAUCGGCAGUCUGCUGAGCCUGCGGAGCCCUCACCCUCCGCAUGUGCUUUUCAAAGAACUGCAGGGGAAAUAUGGACAGACGUACUCCCUGAUGAUGGGCUCCCACUGUGUCAUCGUCGUCAACCAGCACGCACAUGCCAAAGAAGUGCUGCUGAAGAAGGGGAAGAUAUUUGCAGGAAGACCCAGAACUGUAACCACAGAUGUUCUGACCAGAGAUGGGAAAGACAUCGCAUUUGGAGACUACAGCGCUACCUGGAGGUUCCACAGGAAAAUAGUUCAUGGAGCUCUGUGCAUGUUUGGAGAGGGCUCAGCCUCCAUCGAGAAGAUCAUCUGUGCAGAGGCUCAGUCUCUGUGCUCUGUCCUGUCGGAGGCAGCGGCUGCUGAACUGUCCCUGGACCUGUCUCCUGAGCUGACGCGGGCCGUCACCAAUGUCAUCUGCUCACUGUGCUUCAACUCGUCCUACCGCAAGGGGGACCCUGAGUUUGAGGCCAUGCUGCGCUACAGCCAGGGCAUCGUGGACACUGUGGCAAAGGACAGCCUGGUAGACAUCUUCCCCUGGUUACAGAUGUUUCCCAAUGCGGACCUGCGUCUUCUAAAGGAGUGUGUGUCAAUCAGAGACAAACUUCUACAGAAGCAAUACGAAGAACACAAGGCAGACUACAGUGACCAUGUGCAGAGAGACCUGCUGGACGCUCUGCUGAGAGCCAAGCGCAGUGCGGAGAACAACAACACGGCAGAGAUCAGUGCAGAAUCCGUAGGCCUCAGUGAUGACCACCUCCUCAUGACUGUAGGAGACAUCUUUGGAGCCGGCGUGGAAACAACCUCCACCGUGCUCAAAUGGGCCGUCACCUACCUCAUUCACCACCCGCAGGUGCAGAGGCGUAUCCAGGAGGAGCUGGACAGUAAGGUGGGUGUGGACCGGUCCCCUCAGCUCAGUGACAGAGGCAGUCUGCCCUACCUGGAGGCCACCAUCAGGGAGGUGUUACGGAUUCGGCCUGUGGCCCCUCUACUCAUCCCCCAUGUGGCCCUCAGUGACAGCAGCAUUGGGGAUUUCACAGUGAGGAAAGGAAGUCGAGUUAUCAUCAACCUGUGGUCUCUGCACCAUGACGAGAAGGAAUGGAAAAACCCUGAGCACUUUGACCCUGGUCGGUUCUUGGACAGCGACGGCACUGGUCUGAUCAUCCCGUCGUCCAGCUACCUUCCGUUCGGCGCUGGGGUCAGGGUGUGCCUGGGCGAGGCCUUGGCCAAGAUGGAGCUCUUCCUCUUCCUGACCUGGAUCCUACAGCGCUUCACCCUCUCCGUCCCACCGGGCCACCCUAUGCCCAGUCUGGAGGGCAAGUUUGGCGUGGUCCUCCAGCCUGCCAAGUACAAGCGACAGCUGCUUCCGUUAACCGGCGGCUCGAGACCACCGUGACCCCGCAACAACUCCCACGAAGAGGGCGACAACAACAUGCCGCGGUCUUUCCUCGUGAAGAAACAUCAUAGCAGUAAGAAACCGAACUAUGGAAGACUGAACUCAGAGACUGAGGAGGUCUCCUGCUGCACGCCCAAAGAUUCUCUCCUGCACAAUGACAUCCCCCCUCACCAUCAUUGUCCAGCACCAAGCCCACGGCUACAGCAGAGAGCCCAGUCCUCCUCCUCGUCCUGUUCUCUGUCUCUCAGAGCGGGCCGACUGCAUCUUCCAUCUUCUCCAAACGCCUCCCCUCUCUCCUUUUUAGGCCACUAUUCGGAGGCUUGCAGCAGGAGCCCCACAGAAGCCUACAAACCAGUCGAAUCCUGUACCAAAGUGAACCUGGAAAUCCAGCACGUUGCAGGAGACCACAGGAGGAGAGAGAGUCUCCUUUCUCCAUCCCUGCCUCUCCUGGCCCUCUUUCCAGCCAUCGCUCCCGGCGGCCAGGAGAGCUUUGAGUGUUUGGACUGUCAUAAAGAGCACUUUAGCUUCUCAGGCCUGGCCAAACACAAGCAGCUCCAGUGUGAGUGGAGCAGCAAGAAGUACUUCAGCUGUAAGUACUGCGAGAAGGAGUACGAUAGUCUCGGAGCGCUCAAGAUGCACAUCAGGACGCACACACUGCCCUGUGUGUGUAAACUCUGUGGAAAGGCGUUCUCCAGACCCUGGCUGCUUCAGGGACAUAUACGAACACACACAGGAGAGAAACCGUUCUCGUGUCUCCACUGCAGCCGAGCUUUUGCCGACCGAUCCAACUUGCGAGCUCACCUCCAAACCCACUCUGAAGUGAAAAAGUACCAGUGUACAAGCUGCUUCAAGACCUUCUCCAGGAUCUCACUGUUAGCCAAGCACCAAGAGGCAGGCUGCCCGCUGUCCUGACAGCCUGCAAACGUCAACCCACUCCAAAACAGUUUUCUGUAGUCUGACUGUAGGCUCAACAACAGUGACUCUGGGCCGACCUGGUAUGAUCGUGUGGAUCACAAAACUUCAUGUCUGAGCAGAGGAAAAAAGCUGUGCCGUGACACUUUGAGUUUAUGACAGCCUGUGUCUUCCAUCAAAGCAAUGGGCCCCAUUCACUAAUACGUGCACAGAAAUGUUCUAACUUCGCACAGAAAAUAAAUGUGCAAGCAAAAUUACAGUCGGAUUAAUGAAACAUGCACAUUGGCCAAUUUUGGUAGUACUCUCCUUACAGUAGUAAAUCAGAAUCAUUCUAAAUUGACAGCAUUUAGUUAAAAGGUGUGUUUUAUGGUCCUUCAAAUGUCAUUAGGAGCACUAAGAGGAGCCAGAGGAACCUGAUUGUUUCACAGAUUAGGAUAUAGUGAAAGUUUCAGCAAAUAUGACAAAAAGUCAUUUUUUAAUAAAAAGUUACCUACUGAAUGAGGCCCAGUGAUUUUACGGAAGAAGCUUGACAAAAUGACGUAUUAACAUGUGUAACUGCCUGUCAGAAAGCACUUGUUUAGUUACCCAAGUGUGUGUGUUACAAACUAACAUGUAUUUUUAUUAGUUUGCAAGUUUACAAUGCACAGAUUGAGAACGCUACAACUCGGCAACAGCCACAAAUGAAUGUUUAUGUUUGCUAACAGUGAUGGUGGAACUGACUGACCAGCACUAGUACUUUCAGUUGUUUCAGACAGUUACACUGUCUCAGGCAUUAUAGAGCCUUGUCACUCCCCCCGCUGUGAUAGGAUGCUCCCCCUGACCCCAUCUGAGACGAGAAUCAGAAUCAUUCUAAAGGUGGCAUUACAUGUAUGUGUCCCACCGUCGAUGUCUCCAGUAUAGGUCUGGAUUUAUAGUAAGGUGUCAGACUUCCAAUGCUGAUAUUACCCCCACAAUGAUGACACCAAUGUGUUGUAAAUUAUCAAGCUGUAUCAUGCUUUAAAGCUCCAGUGUGUAGGAUUUAAUUGCACCUAGUGGUGUAGUUGCAGAUUGAAAUUAUGCUGGUCAUGAAACAUGCAAAAAACGUGAGAGCAACUAUUUAGAGCCAAAUGUUUGGUUUGUCUGCUCUGGGCUACUGUAGAAACAUGGCUGACUCCAUGGAAGGCGACCCACCUGAAGAUAAAAAUGGUUCAUUCUAAGGUACAGAACAGUUCUUAUUUUCAGGUGAUUAUACACUAAUGAAAAAAACUGCAUUUUGUUUGAAAUGCUCUUAAACUGUCUGAAACUCCAGAAGUACUGGAAAAAACAUUAUGCUCUGUCAAAACAUGUCAUUGUUUGUAUUAAAUAUGUAUAAUGUAUAUUUUUGUAUUAAAGACGCUUGUUGACUUGAUGAAAUGUAACCCUGACCUUUUCAUGUACUUGUUUCAGUGUGACAAUAUGAGGAAACAAAUGGAACACUGGUGUUAGUAAGGUCAUAGGGAGGAAGGUUUCACGCUGGAAGUGAUAAAUCCAAACUUAAUUUAAUUCUAAACAAAUAUAGUUUCACAAUUAUAGUUCUAACCACAAUUCUUUUUGUGUCUUCUUAGUGACUAACAAAUGAACAACAGAGAGCAGAAGUGAAAUCAGAACUUCCUAGUUCUAUUCCAGAAGUAAGAAUCAUCAAAAAAAGAUAAUUCAAAAUCCCACUGAAAUUUGUAACUACGCCAAUAACUAAAAAUCCAGCCUGUGACAAGAGAGGUGAGUCUGUGGUGAGCUCAUUCAUGUCUAACAGCAGGACAGAGAGGAGAAAAUACAUGUUUUUAAAGUAAAAACUAAAACUGUCUUUAGAAGAGAGUGUUGGUGACUUGGGUACAUUUUCAUGCUGUAGUUUUUGUGUUCU